GGGGGAAGGCAUCGGCAAGCACUCAUUGCGUUCCAAUACUUCGGGUUAGUGAAGAAAUCGCGGCAUAUUUGGUCAAGCACACCCUUUUAGAAAGAAGGCACCAUGGGUCUGGAAUUAUUGACAUGGAUUCGACGUAAAAAGAAUAAAUGCCUCCGGAUCCUCCUUAUUCUGCUGGGCUUCUUGGGAUUGCUCAUAUGGGCUAUAGUAACAAGUCUGCUUCUGCGUCCUAGUCUUCAAGCGUACAACAAUCCCCCCUCGGGCCCCUUGCCCUACGCGCAGCCGCUCAUCAACCUGGGAUACAUCUUGUGCACUUCCGUUAUCCUCCACAGCGUCAUGUCAAAGACCUUCCCGUCUUCAUACGACUUGGAGAGAGUGCGCAUGAACGUGGCCUGGUUGGUAGGCCUGGUAUUCGUGGGCACAUCAGAGUGCGUGGCCACUUUCCUGUAUAGUUAUUUUAGCACCGACGAAGAGGAUUCUGGAGCCGCAAGGAAGGGCAUUACAUUGUCUUGUUCCUUAAGCUUUACCUGGGCCAUAUUCGUAGCGGCCAGUGCGUGGGGUCUGCAUCAGAGGUUCUACACCGUUAUGAUGCUGAAGAUGUCCAAAUCCGGAAUAAACAAACCCGCCCCCAAGCAAGCAACGCCGUAUCCAACGAAAGACCAUCACUUCGCUGUGCACGACUCUUCUCACAUCCAGAUCACCCCUCUGGUCCACGGCCCGCCUCCCAUCAUCAUCAGCUCCGAAGCCAGCGCUCCUCCUCAGGCCCACUCCCCCACAGACACACGCACUCCAGCUCGGAGCCUUUUGCAAUCCCAGAUCCUUCCUUAUCCCCAGACUCCCCUCCACACGCCGCACACGCUCCAGUCGACCCCGCUGAGCCAUGGUUCCAAAAUGCCCUCUCCUGGCCAGCCCUUCGCUUCGCCACAGAACAUGAGCCAAGUGGGAGCUUUAUCUCCCACAAUGAACCAUAUGGCCAAUCCUCUACCCUACGGCAUACACUCUCCCCGUUAAGCCUGUUUCAC